AUGAUUUCUGAUCGAAGGAGUCACAGAGCUAGAGGACUAGAUCUAGCUAGAGGAGAUGGAAGGAGUCACAGAGCUAGAGGACUAGAUCUAGCUAGAGGAGAUCGAAGGAGUCACAGAGCUAGAGGACUAGAUCUUGCUAGAGGAGAUCGAAGGAGUCACAGAGCUAGAGGACUAGAUCUAGCUAGAGGAGAUCGAAGGAGUCACAGAGCUAGAGGACUAGAUCUAGCUAGAGGAGAUCGAAGGAGUCACAGAGCUAGAGGACUAGAUCUAGCUAGAGGAGAUGGAAGGAGUCACAGAGCUAGAGGACUAGAUCUAGCUAGAGGAGAUGGAAGGAGUCACAGAGCUAGAGGACUAGAUCUAGCUAGAGGAGAUGGAAGGAGUCACAGAGCUAGAGGACUAGAUCUAGCUAGAGGAGAUGGAAGGAGUCACAGAGCUAGAGGACUAGAUCUAGCUAGAGGAGAUGGAAGGAGUCACAGAGCUAGAAGACUAGAUCUAGCUAGAGGAGAUCGAAGGAGUCACAGAGCUAGAGGACUAGAUCUAGCUAGAGGAGAUGGAAGGAAGGAGAUCGAAGGAGUCACAGAGCUAGAGGACUUAGAUCUAGCUAGAGGAGAUGGAAGGAGUCACAGAGCUAGAGGACUAGAUCUAGCUAGAGGAGAUCGAAGGAAUCACAGAGCUAGAGGACUAGAUCUAGCUAGAGGAGAUGGAAGGAGUCACAGAGCUAGAGGACUAGAUCUAGCUAGAGGAGAUGGAAGGAGUCACAGAGCUAGAGGACUAGAUCUAGCUAGAGGAGAUGGAAGGAGUCACAGAGCUAGAGGACUAGAUCUAGCUAGAGGAGAUGGAAGGAGUCACAGAGCUAGAGGACUAGAUCUAGCUAGAGGAGAUCGAAGGAGUCACAGAGCUAGAGGACUAGAUCUAGCUAGAGGAGAUGGAAGGAGUCACAGAGCUAGAGGACUAGAUCUAGCUAGAGGAGAUGGAAGGAGUCACAGAGCUAGAGGACUAGAUCUAGCUAGAGGAGAUGGAAGGAGUCACAGAGCUAGAGGACUAGAUCUAGCUAGAGGAGAUGGAAGGAGUCACAGAGCUAGAGGACUAGAUCUAGCUAGAGGAGAUGGAAGGAGUCACAGAGCUAGAGGACUAGAUCUAGCUAGAGGAGAUGGAAGGAGUCACAGAGCUAGAGGACUAGAUCUAGCUAGAGGAGAUCGAAGGAGUCACAGAGCUAGAGGACUAGAUCUAGCUAGAGGAGAUGGAAGGAGUCACAGAGCUAGAGGACUAGAUCUAGCUAGAGGAGAUGGAAGGAGUCACAGAGCUAGAGGACUAGAUCUAGCUAGAGGAGAUGGAAGGAGUCACAGAGCUAGAGGACUAGAUCUAGCUAGAGGAGAUGGAAGGAGUCACAGAGCUAGAGGACUAGAUCUAGCUAGAGGAGAUGGAAGGAGUCACAGAGCUAGAGGACUAGAUCUAGCUAGAGGAGAUCGAAGGAGUCACAGAGCUAGAGGACUAGACCUAGCUAGAGGAGAUCGAAGGAGUCACAGAGCUAGAGGACUAGAUCUAGCUAGAGGAGACGUCGACAUGUACAGUUAG